UGACGGCUCGGUGGUCAUUGGGAAGAAGGAGCUGUGUGGAGGCAACCGCGGAUUCUCUCUGCUUCCUUCCCUCCGGAAGUUUUGAAAAGCACAGAGUCGUUCCCGCAAUCCGUGUCCCACAGAAUUCUAGCCCUAAGAAAAUGGACGCUGGAUCCGGGGAGUACCGUCUGAGUUGCGAGCUCAGAGGCCACGAAGCCGACGUUCGUGGAGUGUGUGUGUGUGGAGAUACUGGGAUAGCAACUGCUUCAAGGGAUAAAACUGUCAAAUUUUGGGUUCAUAAUUCUGACCAUGGAUAUAGAUUAUCGAAGACAUUGGCAGAACAUACUAGUUUUGUUGGACCACUUGGUUGGAUUGCUCCAUGUAAUGAUUUUCCUGAAGGUGGUAUUGUCUCUGGUGGUAUGGACACAAUGAUCUUGCUUUGGGACUUGAACUCUGCAAAAACAGUGCACAGAAUGAGAGGUCAUCAGCUCCAGGUUACAGGUCUUGCAAUAGAUGGUUGUGACAUUGUUUCUUCAUCUAUUGACUGUACCAUUAAAAGGUGGAGGAAAGGACAGCUGGUUGCUUCUUGGGAGGCUCAUAAAGCUCCUGUUCAAGCUGUUAUAAAACUUCCAUCUGGGGAGCUUGUUACAGGUUCAAGUGAUGCAAGUUUGAAGCUUUGGAGAGAUAAAACAUGUACAGGCACAUUCACUGGGCACACAGAUACUGUUCGAAGUUUAGCUGCAAUUUCUGAUGUUGGGAUUCUUUCUGCAUCACAUGAUGGGUCAAUCAAGUUAUGGUCAUUUGCAGGAGAAAUUUUGUUGGAAAUGGUUGGACAUACAUCUCUUGUGUAUUCUGUGGAUUCUCAUGUUUCUGGACUCAUUGCAAGUGGCAGUGAAGAUUGUUCUGCCAAAAUUUGGAAAGAUGGGACUUGCAUACAAACAAUAGAGCAUCCUGGCUGUGUCUGGGAUGUUAAAUUCCUGAGUAACGGUGAUAUUAUAACAGCCUGCUCUGAUGGUGUUGCAAGGAUAUGGACCACUAAUGAGGAUAGGAUGUCUGGGGCACUGGACAUUGAAGCAUAUGCAGCUCAACUUUCAGAAUAUAAGUGCAACAGGAAGAGGGUUGGAGGGCUGAAGUUGGCUGAUUUACCUGGGCUUGAGGCAUUGCAGAUACCAGGUUCACAUGAUGGACAAACGAAAGUUGUUAGAGAAGGAGAUAAUGGUGUUGCAUACUCAUGGAACUUAAAGGAACAAAAGUGGGAGAAAAUUGGUGAAGUAGUUGAUGGGCCGGAUGACAAUGCAAGCAGUAGAUUUCUUAAUGGUGUUAAAUAUGACUAUGUGUUUGAUGUGGAUAUUGGAGAUGGUGAACCCAUCCGCAAAUUGCCAUACAAUAAGUCAGAUAAUCCAUAUAUGGUUGCGGACAGAUGGCUUUUGGAAGAGAACCUUCCGCUUUCAUACCGCCAACAAGUUGUGGAGUUUAUAUUGCAGAACACUGGACAAAGGGAUGCCCCAAUUGAUACAUCAUUUCAUGAUCCAUACACUGGAGCAAAUGCUUAUGUUCCAGGUGAAUCUUCUCGUAGUCAAGUUGCUCAAAAGGUAGUUACUGUCAAGCACCUUCCGAAGAAAGGAAUGCUGCUAUUUGAUGCUGCUCAGUUUGAUGGUAUUCUAAGGAAGUUUUUGGAGUUCAAUGACACUCUAUCGAGUGAUGUGGAGCAAUCACAUUUAUCAAUAAAGGAGAUGGAGUUGUCCAGGUUAAAUGCCAUCAUAACUGUGUUAAAAGACACAUCACAUUAUCAUAGCAGUACUUUUUCUGACAUGGACAUUGGCUUGUUAGAAAAGUUAUUGGAUUCAUGGCCCACCACCAUGCUGUUCCCAGUAAUUGAUAUUAUGAGAAUGAUCGUAUUGCAUCCUGAUGGAGCCAGAUUACUUCACAAGCACGUUGAAGAAGGACAUGAUAUGCUUAUUCAGAUCGUACAGAUGGCCACAUCCAACCCGCCCCUUACAGCAAACCUCCUAACUGGUGCCCGUGCUGUUGUAAAUCUUUUUAAGCAUUCAUAUUUCCACAAGUGGUUGCAUCUUCAUUAUAGUGAGAUUCUCGAUAAAUUUUCAGGCUGCUGCAAUUCCACCAACAAAAAUGUGCAGCUGGCCUAUUCCACAUUGUUGCUCAACUUUACGGUGCUUUUAAUUCAAGAGAAGGAUCAAGAGGGCCAAGCUCAAGUUCUAUCAGCUGCUUUAGAGAUUGCAGAAGAGAAUCAAGAUCCGGAUGCCAAAUAUCGAGCUCUGGUUGCAAUCGGUUCGCUUAUGCUGGAAGGUCUCGUGAAACAGGUCGCUCUCGAUUUUGAUGUCCAGAAUCUCGCAAAGGCUGCAAUGAAUUCAAAAGAAGCAAAGAUUGCAGAAGUUGGAGCUGAUAUUGAGUACCUGACGAGAACACCGUAAUCAUUUACGUGUGAGCAGUCUCACCACUGUUUGUCUUUCUUGUUUGACAGCAAGGGUUAAGGCUCACUACUAGGGUUUCCUACGAGUUUAUGUGCCACAGCCUUCUUGAUGGACGCUCUCUGCAUUUACAGGACGUACCGUUGAAUAUGUAUCUGGUAAACAGCCAUUCCAGAGGGAAGAAAGUAACCGGAAUCCACCUGAUACUGUCAUUAUUUACGACACCUGCAAAGUUUUAGCCUGUGAAAUAUUCUCUGAAACCUUCCUCUUCAUCUUUACUGCAAUUGAUUCAUGUUUCUGGGUU